AUGCGAGGUAGACGUAAUUCCGAAGACCUCGAGUACGAUCCUGAAAUCGAAAAGACUGCACGAGCCAACCGGAGAGCUGUCCGGUUGUCAAAUUCAGUUCCACCGGGUACACGCACACAUAUACUAGAUCCGACACUUAUUGAAACUGAAACAACCACCCCUCCUCCGGUAAUCACAAUGGAAGAGGGUAACCCACCAGCAGCAAGGCCUAAGUUGGGAGAUUAUGGGCUAGCAAAUCACCGUGGUCGCCUAACUCACGUGUUCCGACCUGCUAAUCCUGUUGCUUUUGAAAUCAAGGCAUCAGUUCAGAAUGGAUUGAAGGAAAGACAGUUUGAUGGUACUGGGACCAUCAGCCCUCAUGAACAUCUAAGCCACUUUGCUGAAACUUGUGAGUUUUGUGUUCCUCCAGCAAAUGUUAAUGAAGACCAAAAGAAACUGAGGCUAUUCCCGUUCACUUUAAUCGGUAAAGCUAAAGACUGGUUAUUGACUUUUCCCAAUGGGACUAUUCAAACAUGGGAGGAAUUAGAGCUUAAGUUUCUAGAGAAGUAUUUCCCUAUGUCCAAGUACUUGGAUAAGAAGCAAGAAAUAGCAAGCUUCCGGCAAGGUGAAGGUGAAUCACUUUAUGAUGCUUGGGAAAGGUUCAAUUUGCUUCUGAAGAGAUGUCCAGGACAUGAGUUUUCUGAGAAACAGUACCUCCAAUUCUUCACUGAAGGAUUAACUCAUAGCAACAAAAUGUUUCUAGAUGCCUCAGCUGGAGGUAGUUUAAGGGUAAAAACUGAUCACGAAGUUCAAAUUCUGAUUGAAAACAUGGCCAGCAAUGAGUACCGUGCUGAAGCGAAAAAGAAAGAAGGAGGUGUUUUUGGGGUAAGUGACACUACUUCCAUACUAGCUAACCAAGCAGCCAUGAAUAAGCAAAUCGAAAUUCUGACCAAGGAGGUACAUGCUUAUCAAUUGUCCAACAAACAACAAGCAGCUGCAAUACGGUGUGAUUUGUGUGGUGAAGGCCAUCCUAAUGGUGAGUGUGUGCCAGAGGGAGCUAGUGAAGAAGCCAACUAUGUGAACUAUCAAAGGAAAAACCCUUACUCCAUGAAUAAGCACCCUAACUUGAGUUACUCCAACAACAACACCUUAAAUCCCUUGUUUCCUAAUCCGCAACAACAACAACAACAACCAAGAAAGCCUCCAGGUCUUGAGGAAACAAUGAUGAAUUUCAUGAAAAUGACUCAAAGUAACUUUGAAGAAAUGAAGAAGCGUCAAGACCUUGAAAGGAAGAACAAUGAAGCCUCAAGGAAAAUGCUUGAAACACAGCUUGGGCAAUUAGCUAAGCAGUUGGCUGAACAGAACAAAGGGGGAUUCUCAGGAAAUACUCAAGAGAACCUUAAAAAUGAAACUUGCAAUGUUAUUGAGUUGAGGAGUAAAAAGGUUUUGACACCUUUAGUUCCAAAAGUUCCCAAUAAAGUUGAUGAAAAUGUUGUGGAGGUAGAUGAAGAUGUUGAAGAUGAGGAAGUAGUUGAAAAAGAGAGUGAUCAAGGUGUAGUUGAAAAUGAAAAGAAGAAAAAAACAGAGGGAGAAAAAACCAAAAAGAAGAAGGAGGAGGAAGGACAAUUCAAGAAAUUCAUGCAACUCUUCUCACAACUUCAGGUGAAUAUUCCUUUUGGUGACGCUCUUGAUCAAAUGCCGGUGUAUGCUAAAUUCAUGAAAGAAAUGUUAACGGGGAGAAGAAAACCAAAAGAUGAUGAGAACAUCUCUCUUUCCGAGAAUUGUAGUGCUAUUCUCCAAAGGAAACUUCCUCCUAAGCUUAAAGAUCUUGGUGCUUUUACUAUUCCUUGCUCCAUUGGGCCGGUAGACAUUGGAAGAGCUUUAUGUGAUUUAGGGGCAAGCAUCAAUUUGAUGCCCCUUUCAAUGAUGAAGAAUCUUGGAGGUGGAGAGCCAAAACCUACAAGAAUGACUCUCACUUUAGCUGAUCGGUCAAUCUCCUAUCCGUUUGGGGUGGUUGAAGACCUGACAUGUGUACUUGAAACCCAAUGA